AGAUGGCCCGCAUGCCGCCGGAGUUCGUAAUCUCGCGCCUCUUUUAAGUCCUCGCCGCAGGUGUGCUUCUCUUCGCUGAGCAUUUUGCAGUUUGUGGCUGUCAAUUGAACGCCGCCAUGGGAUACAGAACGCCCGUCGCGACUCCGGUCGCACUAGGAGUGACCUUUCCACUGCUUGCCAUUGCGGCUGUUGUCGCCCGAUUCUGGGCGAGGCGAAAGAAGAGGAUGUCGUUGCGAAUCGAUGACUGGAUGCUUUUACCUUCGCUGGCGUUGGCGGUUGCAAAUGCGAUUGUAAUGCUCAUUGCUGCGACUAAUGGCAAUCUGGGACGAUGGUUGCCGCUCGAUGAUACCGGCUUUCCUAUUGUGAAUCCGGAUUUCGAAACAUUUCAAAAGUGCAUCUAUGCCAACAAGAUCAUCUCGACCUUAUCCAUCGGAGUGACGCGUUACGCCAUCCUCCUCUUCUACAAUCGCAUCUUCGUGGGCCGCUCAUUCAACAUCUCUGUAUGGGUCCUGUACGUGCUCAAUGGCUUCUGGACGGUCGCAUAUACCAUACUCUUCAUCUUCAGCUGCAUCCCAAUUUCAGAUUUCUGGAAGGCGGCCCAUGGCCAGAAGGGCCGGCGCUGCGUUCAGCUGAACCCCAUCAAAGUCUACGCCGUCGCCUCUAUCAUCAUUGAUGUUUGCAUGCUCUUGAUUCCAUGGCCGCAGAUCCUCAAGUUGAAGAUCAGCCGAAGAGAGAAGGUUGCAGUUCUGGGCAUUUUCGGCAUGGGCGCCCUCGUGUUGGCUGUUGCCAUCGGCAAAUGCUACGAGUUCUGGAACGUCAUUAAGACGAUCAACAAACACCAUCAGAUUGCUCACGACGAAGCACCGACCAUGUACUGGACGAUCCCGGAGACUUGCAUUGCCGUAGUCUGCGCAUGCUUGCCAAGUUUGCGUCCGCUCUUCCAUGGCUGGUCGCCGGAGUCGGUCGUGGGCUCGAUGAGAUCUGCACUCUCUCUACACUCGAUGGGCAAGAAGUCUCCGAGCAACUCGGCAAACCGUAGUCAAAAGGGUCUCAACACAGAGCAGUCGACGGACAGCGUGCGGAACCUUAGGGAGGGUGAUGCAGAGACGCCGGCGUUCGUGACAACUGCGGGCCUCGAAUUCUAUGGGAAGGAUGGGACAAAGGCCGAAGCUACGGAGCCCGAUGGAAUCUAUAGGUUGAGAGAGGAGCCUUGAGGGACUGGAUGAUUGGAGGGGGUGUCCGUCUGGUAAGCCUGGUAUCUUCCACACCCGCCCGCUGGUUACCGGGGUGCAGAUUUUGAAGUCUGCACCGGUGCCCCAGGCGUGUACAAAAGUUAUGAUGAAAGCGAAU